AUGGCACGAGGACGGCCUUCAGGAAGCAAGAACAAAUCAGGUCAUUCGGCCGGAGGAGAUAGAAGAUCAAGGAAGUACAAGAAACGAUUGGAAGAAGAAAAAGGGGAACAACAACGACGCACCGAUAAUUUUUUCAAACAGAGAAAGAAAGCAGUGGAUCCUCCCAAAUGGACAGAUCAUCCAGUAUGCGAAAAAAACUUUGAAGAAUCGCAAAGAAUGCUUGCAGAAGUGCUUGAUCACCCGUCAAUGCCCAAAGGGAAAAAUGUGCCUACACUUGGUAUCAUUGACUCUACAUCCGACAAUUGGAAUGUCACCUAUGACACUUCGCCUACUACAGACAAUGAAGCCAAAUACUACAGAAGGUCGAUUAUGCCUCCCAAAGGCACGCCAUUGCAAGCAUUUCUUGAUCAUGCGAAGGGUCAGAUUGAAAACAAUGGCCUCUGGAAGUGCCGCCAAUACUACUAUCGGACGCUUGAGUCACCAUUGACAUGUGGCCUUGGGUCGUCGCCAGCUCCAGACAAGUUCUAUUUGCCAGAUAUGGUUCGGAUUUGGAAACCCAAGGAACAGUUCCACAGCAUUCAGUUUGAUUACAAGUGCCCCCACUGCAAAUCUUGUUCCAUAGAACACAACGCACAGACUUGGCGGCCAGCAUUUGAGCACAAUGAGAUCAGAUGGGUCUAUUGCCAUCGCUUGCUCUGCAAAGAUUGUAAUGCUAUGUUUAGUUCAACUGAUCCUUCUUUCCUUGGAAUGCUCCCCACAAGCAUUGCAGAAAGCUUUGAGUUUGUCUUCCCGCCACAAGGACCUGGGGUGCAUCGAGUCAUGCUUCGUCGGUUGUCACUGCAAAUAGACAAUCAUGUCCUUUUUGGAGCAUGGGCCCGUGAGGUCAAUGAUCUCUUGUGGGAAAAGUACUUUCAAAAGUGCAAUCAGUACUAUGAAGUCUUAAAUGAUUGGCUUGCAAAGUGGCCGUCACCUUCCUGCUAUGACAGCACGGUGCCUUUGCAUGCAAGGGAUGGAAAGGGACAAUAUGAUGGCCGACCGAUUGUCCCCUACUCAGCAUUUGGUGCAGCUGGGCAUCAUAAUGGAAUCAUGAUGACAGAAGGCCUGGCAAAGACACUGUUUCGGCUUGUAGAAGGCGGCAAGAGAUUUCAAUAUAAUCAGAAUUCUUUUGCCGCAUGGCACGAUGGCGGCUUGCGAGCUGAUGACACCUUCAAGCUUCCGAAGAAGGUGUAUGUGACAACAUCGGGAGGGAACCGGGUGAAGCCUUAUGCUUCUGUACUGACUUUGCUAUCACAGUGCGGAAAGAUUGUUGCUGCUGUCUGGAAGACAAGCAUGUCCCACGCUGCAAAUAGGCUUAUUCUGCCGGGACUUAAGAUUGCAAGGGACCAUGUUGGCGCGCCACCUUUACGUCUACUCCAAACAGACAAUUCUAUAGGGGAACAAGCACCUUACUAUGAAGUAUUUCCAGAACUGGAGCAGGGCACAGUGGCUCGUGCUUCACUGCCAAUGAUUGAAAUACCGCCUGAUGACAUUGUUUCUUUUGAUGUUGGCAGUGUCUUCAAUGCUUACAUCUUGACGCUAAUAGACAUCUUCAUUCAGCAUGAGGAUCAAGAAAUCUACUAUGGUUUGGAUACAGAGUUUGAGAGAGACAGCAAACUUACAGUAUUGUCGCUGGCAUUCCCUCAGUCAUUGAGAGGAUCAGAACUAGGAACAACAAUCCCUAUUGCCAUUGUCAUUCACCUACACAAGAUUGGCAAGGAGCAGUUCCCUGCUGACUUAAAGCGCCUCUUGGAGCUUCCAAGUAUGAUUCCAACCGGACGCUUGAUUGGAGGUGAUUGUAAGAAGCUAGAGGAACAGUAUGGUAUUAAGUUCAACAGAAUGAUUGAGCUAGGUAACUUGUGUCGAUUGGACAAUGGUGAGCUUUCAAGCUUUUCCCUUUGCAACUUGAUGAAAGUGUACCUCCAGUGCAUGUACCCGAUGAACAAGUCAGCUGCGCAGUUGUCUAGCUAUGCAAAACCAACACUGACACCUACAGACAAACAAUACUGCGCACUUGAUGCAGUGGUCUCACUAUGGGUUUUUCACCGGACGGUAGAAUCAUUAGCAAAUGGCAUUGGUAAUCAACAUCCAACUUUGCAGGUUGGGAAACGGUGUACGGUGACACAUAAUGCAAAAGACAUUGCUUUUGGGCAUCUGAUCUUUGUUGGUGCCGGAGGCGAACAGAUGCGGUGGGGUGGUAUGACAUUGGGCAGAAGGGACUGCCUUGUUGCUAUUGAAAGUCUUAUCGACGAAGACUUUGAACCAAAACGAAGGAACUCGACUUGGCCAGCAACUGCAGAGACAAUGAGAGAGCUUCACAACAAUGUUCCCAAUUUAGGACUGGCAGUGGCUGCAACGCAAGUCAGGAUCCAUCUAGAUGGCAGUGAAUGCCAACCAUCGAGCACACCGGAGAUGCUAAGUGAGGCCACUAUUCAAUCCUUCCAAGUUGACAAGAGCUAUCUUGAUGUGCUUCUUUGGAAGGCAACUGAGGCAGUACCAAUGGAAGACGGGGAAGAUAUUGAUCUGCUGGUUGAGGGUGAAGAAACUGUGAGCAGCAGUGGGAAGACCAACAAGGGUGAGGCUGAGACUGGUGCAUUGACAAACUCGCUGCGUGAUCUUUUUCACCAGCUUCAUUGCCUACCAUUAUCAAAAAAAUCUCCGGCUAUUGCACAUGUUCUCCAGCUGGUUCUUGUUGCAACUUGGAUCAGUGACGAAGAGGAUUAUGCAAAUGUUGUUGAGGUCUUGCAAAACAAAGGCGAAGAGGAUGUCGCUGUCCACGAGUUCCACAAUCGUGGCUACUGGCGGGAACGUGUUCGAAGAAACACACCAUUGCCCCAGGAUCAUGCAAAUAAUAUUCGAGUGGUGCAACAUGAAAUUUGGAGCAAUUGUGGAUUUGUCAGCAUUAGAACCAAGGAGAUAGCACAAUGGUUUGAUAAGUUUGCUGAAAAUGCUGAGAAUGGAUUUUACUACAUACCUCCAGAUAUGAGAAUGUACAGGAUUGAUAGGGUGGAUUGUGAUGGAUUGAAGGUGUACACCACAGACUUUGGAACCAAUCUCAACGAAUCACUGCAUCAGAAAUACGCGGACUUGGUGGGACCAUUUGCAGUGGGAGCCGAAACUGCAGAUGUCCUGCUAGUCAACCGAUCAUUCCGUUUCAAUAUUGCUGUUGGAAUAUCAAAAUACGGUGAGCCAGACUUUCAUACUGAGCGACAUGACAUUGUUGAUAAGACGCAGCACUGGAUGAUGCACAUCUUUGCAACUUAUGCUUGGCCAACACACAAGAACUUACUGGAUUUCAGCCCACCAAAGAAUGCCACUCUUGUAGGCCUUCGCCCACUUCCGCUUGAUGAAAACCAUGUGAGAUAUUCCAAGUUGCCAAAUGCAGGUCUAACGCCAGAUCACAGAUACUUGUCACAGAAACUGGGGGUCGAGAUUGCACCAGUGCCUCUAUCAACCAAAGAUGAGUUCCAAUUGUAUACUUUCCACAUCAGGGGGGUUGUUGCGAUGUCAAGGAAUCCAAACCAAAACGACUGGGAUAAUCUUGCAAGAAAGUUUCUUGAGAAGGCAAAUGGAAAGACCAUCUUUCCAAAGACAGAAGAUCAAUUGAAAAAAUAUUUCAUUCAUUGGAAACAGAACCAGUCCAAACGCCUCUUUGGAAAGGUGGUCAACAUUAAAAACUCAAAAGUUUUCAAGCAACUCCAAAGCCAAAAGGCGUCCUCCAUUUCAGUGAUACACAAAACAAAACUACCAACACAAGUUGAAGGCACAUACUAUUCCCACAAGCAGCCUUUGGCCAACAAGGUAAAUGUAGUGCCCCCAGAUGUGGCGUACAAUCAAAUCAACCAUGUGCCAUUUGAAUCCAAGCUGCAAAAGAAAUCAAAACAGAAAAAGGGGCCAACCACAAUUGAAGACCUACAGAAGAAGUCAUCGAGGGACCUCAAACGGGUUGCUCAUCGAUGUGUUUGGUUUCCCUAUUGUCAAAAGCAAGUAUGGGCCUGUGGGGGCAACAAAUUUUCCAAUUGCAAGUUCAUCAAUGAAGAACACAAAAUCAACAAAAAGUCGAGUGCUGAGAUCGACAAAAGAAGGAAGUUUGUCAGACUGGAGAAGGAGAAAGAAACUGCAACAAGGGCUCGAAAAAGGCAGAGGGUAAUAAAGGGCAUUGUGGCAAAAGCAAGGAUACAAAAAAGCAAAUCAGGUUCUCACCUCAGAACGAAAGUGAUUGAAGGAACCAAAACGUCCGAAGCCAUUACAAUUCCAGAAGAAGAGUAUCUGAGCCAAAAAUGUAUUGUGUUAGGCAGUGGGAAAAUCAUUGCAGACACUUUGCUUCAGGCUCUUGCGACACCUACCGUUAUGAUUGAUGAUGAAGUUGUCAAUGCAUACCUAUCCCUUCUUGUGGACUUGGCGCAUUCCUCAAGAAGAAGAGCAGGCGUUGGGACAACUCAAUCGGGGAUCUGGCAAAUGCUUACAAAUCGUCACUACACAUGGAGGGAAAUCUAUCCAAAUCUGAAUCGACCACACCGAGUGAAUCUCAUCCCAGCAUUCUUUGGAAGCCGAGCGGCUGGGCAUUGGGGAGCCCUAAUCGUGGACAAUGAAUGCUCACCUGGGCAAAGAAAGAUUAUCUAUGUUGAUAGUAUAUCAUCUGUAAGAAAAGAUAAUUUCAACACAGUAAAACGAUUGUUGAGACAGUGGGAGAGUGAUACGAACAAUUUUGUGCAAAUUGACUCACCCAGCCAGGCCUCGGGCUCCAAUGAUUGUGCAGUGUACACUCUUGCUGCAUGUGCUCACUACGUAUUCCGCACUGGCGAUUUCCUGCCAACUUCAUUUCAAUUCCAAAAUGGUAUUAAUGCAACCCGGUAUGGUCGAGAGUGGAGACGCCAUGUUCACAAGUCAAUCAUGAACCAGAGGAUUGAUAUGAGCGACCCCGUUCUCGGUUGGAUGGUUCUUCGACCAUAG